UCCGAUUGGAAAUUUGGGGUAUAGCUGACGGCGCAGCCCCGACGUUCCAGUCAGCAUUGCAUCCAGCUGUCCGACCCUGGUCACCCUCCCGCUCGCUUUCGGAGUCCGAUUCGGAGAGAUCCCCGAGCCACGACCACCAGCUCCGGUGCCAGUCUGACGCCCACCCUUGCGGUUCGCACAAAGCGGUAGAAGUCUGGUAGCUCUCUUGCUCUCUUGAGCUUUGAGAGCAUUCUUCCCUCGGCAGGAGCAAUGGCGGAAACGAACGGUCACAGUGCCCCGAGGAGCGGCGUCACGGUUCCUCACGUUAAUGGCAGCAAGACGUACGCCGAAAAGCACAACUUGGCCCCUCACUUCAUCGGCGGCAACAGGUUGGAAAAUGCUCCUCCAUCAAAAGUCAAGGAUUUCGUGGCCAACCACGACGGUCACACAGUAAUCACCAACGUGCUGAUCGCAAACAAUGGUAUCGCCGCGGUCAAGGAAAUUCGGUCAGUACGCAAAUGGGCGUACGAGACGUUUGGCGAUGAGCGGGCCAUCAAAUUUACCGUAAUGGCCACCCCAGAGGAUUUGCAGGCGAACGCCGACUACAUCCGCAUGGCGGACCAUUACGUUGAGGUCCCUGGCGGUACAAAUAACCACAACUAUGCCAACGUCGAGCUCAUUGUCGACAUCGCCGAGCGCAUGGACGUACAUGCCGUUUGGGCCGGAUGGGGCCAUGCAUCCGAGAAUCCGAAGCUCCCCGAGUCGCUCGCCGCGUCACCCAAAAAAAUCGUCUUCAUUGGCCCUCCUGGUUCUGCUAUGCGGUCUCUCGGCGACAAGAUCUCCUCCACAAUCGUUGCUCAACACGCGGAUGUGCCGUGCAUUCCCUGGUCCGGCUCAGGCGUCAGCGAAGUCAACGUGGACGAGAACGGCAUUGUGACGGUUCCCGAGCACGUCUACCUCAAGGGUUGUGUGAGCUCUUGGGAGGAGGGCUUGCAAAAAGCCAAAGAGAUCGGUUUCCCGGUCAUGGUCAAGGCGUCCGAAGGCGGUGGUGGCAAGGGUAUUCGGAAGGUCAUGAGCGAGGAGAACUUUGAGGAGCUCUACAAGGCCGCCGCCAGUGAGAUUCCCGGCUCUCCCAUCUUCAUCAUGAAGUUGGCCGACAGUGCCCGCCAUCUUGAGGUGCAAUUACUUGCAGAUCAGUACGGCAACAACAUUUCCCUCUUCGGCAGAGACUGUUCGGUCCAGCGGAGGCACCAAAAGAUCAUAGAGGAAGCUCCCGUCACGAUCGCCAAGCCCGCCACUUUCAAGGCCAUGGAGGAGGCCGCCGUCCGACUCGGCAAGCUGGUUGGCUACGUCUCUGCAGGAACCGUCGAGUACCUCUACUCCCACGCCGACGACAAGUUCUACUUCCUCGAACUGAACCCUCGUUUGCAAGUCGAGCACCCCACCACCGAGAUGGUCAGCGGUGUGAACCUGCCCGCCGCCCAACUGCAGAUUGCAAUGGGUAUUCCUCUGCACCGCAUCCGUGAUAUCCGGCUCCUGUAUGGCGUUGACCCCAAGACGUCAACGGAGAUCGAUUUCGAGUUCAAAAACCCGGAAAGCGAGAAGACCCAGAGGCGCCCGACGCCCAAGGGCCAUACGACCGCCUGCCGUAUCACUUCCGAAGAUCCUGGCGAGGGCUUCAAGCCGUCCAGCGGUGUGCUCCAUGACCUGAACUUCCGUUCGAGCUCGAACGCCUGGGGUUACUUCUCUGUCGGCUCGGCCGGCGGUAUCCACAGUUUCUCCGACUCACAGUUCGGUCACAUCUUCGCCUACGGCGAGAACCGUGCGGCUUCCAGGAAACACAUGGUGGUUGCCCUGAAGGAGCUCAGCAUUCGUGGUGAUUUCCGCACCACUGUCGAGUACCUGAUCAAGCUGCUCGAGACAGAGGCCUUCGAGGAGAACACCAUCACGACCGGCUGGCUCGACGAGCUGAUCUCCAAGAAGCUCACCGCCGAGCGACCCGACCCUAUGUUGGCCGUCGUCUGCGGUGCUGUCACAAAAGCGCACAUUGCGAGUGAACAAUGCAUCGCCGAAUACCGUGCCGGUCUUGAGAAGGGACAAGUCCCUGCCAAGGACAUCCUUAAGACGGUUUUUCCGAUCGAUUUUAUCUACGAGGGCUUCCGCUACAAAUUCGCCGUCACUCGCUCCAGCACUGACAGCUACCGCCUCUUCAUCAACGGCUCCAAGUGCACCGUCGGCGUGCGUGCCCUCAGCGAUGGCGGCCUCCUCAUUCUUCUCAGCGGCCACAGCCACAACGUCUAUUGGAAGGAGGAGGCCGCCGCCACCCGCAUUUCCGUCGACGGCAAGACAUGCUUGCUGGAGCAGGAGAACGACCCCACCCAGUUGCGGACUCCGUCCCCCGGGAAGCUGGUCAAGUACUCCGUCGAAAACGGUGCCCACGUCCGGGCCGGCCAGACUUUCGCCGAGGUCGAGGUCAUGAAGAUGUAUAUGCCCCUCAUUGCCCAGGAAGACGGCAUCGUGCAGCUCAUUAAGCAACCUGGCGCAACACUAGAGGCUGGCGAUAUUCUCGGCAUCCUCGCUCUUGAUGACCCGAGCCGCAUCAAGCAGGCACAGCCAUUCUUGGGCCAGCUUCCCGAGUAUGGCACGCCGGUCAUCGUUGGCAACAAGCCGUCUCAAAGAUUCAGUCUGCUGUACAACACCCUCCGCGAUAUCCUCCUGGGCUUCGACAACCAGGUCAUUAUGCAGAGCGCUCUCAAGGAACUGAUCGAAGUGCUCCGCGACCCCAAGUUGCCGUACAGCGAAUUUGCGGCCCAAUUCUCCGCCCUCCACGCCCGUAUGCCGCACCGACUCGACGCACAAUUCACCCAGGUGCUGGAGCGUGCGGCGCAGCGGCAGGCUGAGUUCCCGGCCCGGAGUCUCAUGAAGGUGUUCCAGAAGUUCAUCGACAACCUCCCCUCGAAGGGUGACGCCGAUCUGCUCAAGUCCACCCUUGCCCCUCUUACCGCGAUUCUGGACAUGUACGCCGACGGGCAAAAGGUCCGCGAGCUCAAUGUCAUUUCGGACCUGCUGUCCCAGUACGCAGACGUCGAGCGCCUGUUCUCGGGUCGCCGUCUCCAGGACGAAGAGGUGAUCCUGAAGCUCCGGGACCAGCACAAGGAGGAUAUCCAGAAGGUGGUGCAAACCGUGCUGUCCCACAGCCGAGUUUCGGCCAAGAACUCGUUGGUGUCCGCGAUUCUCGAAGAGUACCGGCCGAACAAGCCCAAUGUUGGCAAUGUCGGCAAGCAUCUCCGGCCUGUGCUCCGGAAGCUGGCGGAGCUCGAGUCUCGCCAAACUGCUAAGGUCUCUCUCAAGGCGCGCGAGAUCCUCAUCCAGUGUGCCCUCCCCUCGCUCGAGGAGAGGAAAGUCCAAAUGGAGCACAUCCUUCGGUCGUCGGUCGUCGAAUCUCGCUAUGGUGAGACCGGCUGGGAUCACCGGGAGCCCAACUUGGACGUCAUCAAGGAGGUCGUCGAUUCCAAGUACACCGUGGUGGACGUGCUGACACAGUUUUUCGCUCACGAGGACCCCUGGGUGACGCUGGCCGCUCUCGAGGUCUACGUCCGCCGGGCUUACCGUGCGUACAUCCUGCAGAGGAUCGAGUACCACACCGACGAGGCCGAUAGGCCUUCGUUCUUGUCGUGGGACUUUACGCUCCGCAAGAUUGGCCAGUCUGAGUUUGGCUUGCCGCUCCAGUCGGUUGCCCCUUCUUCUCCGGCCACGCCGGUCGACGCCAGCUUCGGCCGGAUCAGCUCCAUCAGCGACAUGUCGUACUUGGCCCACAAGACUCAAGAGGAGCCCACUCGGAAGGGCGUGAUCAUCCCUUGCAAGUACCUGGAUGACGUUGACGAGCUGUUGUCGAAGGCUCUCGAGACCCUCCCGGCGCCGGGAAGCAUGCGCAAGAAGAGCGCGGGUGUUCUUGCUGAUCUCAUGGACAAGCGCCGGCCGGCGCCGGCUACCCGUCUGGAUCACUCGGAUGAACUCUCCGCCGUCGUGAACGUCGCUAUCUCCGAUGCCGAAGGUCGUGGUGACGACGAGGUCUUGAAGGAGAUCCAGCCCUUGGUCCAGCAGUUCAAGGAGGAACUCCUUGCCCGCCGCGUUCGCCGUGUCACGUUCAUCUGCGGUCGCAAGGACGGGUCGAAUCCCGCCUACUACACCUUCAGAGGUCCCCUCUACGUCGAGGAUGACAGCAUUCGCCACAUCGAGCCGUCCCUCGCCUUCCAGCUGGAGCUGGGCCGUCUGUCCAAGUUCAAAAUCAAGCCCGUGUUCACUGAGAACAAGAACAUCCAUGUCUACGAGGGUAUUGGCAAGGAUGUCGAGACCGACAGGCGUUUCUUCACCCGUGCCAUCAUCCGUCCGGGCAGACUUCGUGAUGAGAUCCCGACGGCCGAGUACUUGAUCUCGGAGGCUGAUCGUGUUAUCAACGACAUCUUCGAUGCGCUCGAGAUCAUUGGUACCAGCAACUCGGAUCUCAACCAUAUGUUCAUUAACUUCACCCCCGUCUUCCAGCUGCAGCCUCAGGAGGUCGAGCAGUCGCUGCAGGGGUUCUUGGACCGGUUCGGGCCGCGUGGCUGGCGCCUGCGCGUAACCCAGGUCGAGAUCCGCAUUAUCUGCUCAGACUCGGCAGGCCUGCCUUAUCCCCUGCGUGUCAUCAUCACCAACACUUCAGGAUACGUCAUCCAGGUGGAGAUGUACGCGGAGCGCAAGUCUGAGAAGGGCGAGUGGGUAUUUGACUCGAUCGGCGGUACUACCAAGAUUGGUUCCAUGCACUUGCUUCCUGUCUCGACACCUUACCCGACCAAGAACUGGCUGCAGCCCAAGCGGUAUAAGGCGCACUUGAUGGGCACCCAGUACGCCUACGACUUCCCCGAGCUCUUCCGCCAGGCCAUCCAGAACAGCUGGACCGAGGCCGUGAAGAAGCAUCCUGCCAUGGCGGCCAAGCAACCACCCGUUGGCGAGUGCAUCGACUUCAGUGAGCUCGUUCUGGACGACCAGGACAACCUGGCCGAGGUGUCCCGUGAGCCCGGCACGAACACCUGCGGGAUGGUUGGCUGGAUAAUCCAAGCCCGCACGCCCGAGUACCCCAAAGGCCGCAGGUUUAUCGUCGUCGCCAACGAUAUCACCUACAACAUCGGCUCCUUCGGCCCCAAGGAGGACAACUUCUUCUUCAAGUGUACGGAGCUCGCGCGCAAGUUGGGCAUUCCGCGGAUCUACCUCUCGGCAAACUCGGGUGCUCGCCUGGGCCUCGCCAACGAGCUGAUGCCGCAUUUCAAAGUGGCCUGGAACGAUGCCGAGAGGCCCGAGGCGGGAUUCAAGUACCUCUACCUCACGGACGAGGCCAAGCAUCGGUUUGAGAACGAGGUCAUCACUGAGGAGAUCACGGAAGACGGCGAGAAGCGCCACAAGAUCGUCGCCAUCAUCGGCGCAGAAGAGGGGUUGGGUGUCGAGUGCUUGCGCGGGUCUGGCCUGAUUGCCGGCGUCACAAGCAGGGCUUACAACGACAUCUUCACCUGCACUCUCGUCACCUGCCGCUCAAUCGGUAUCGGCGCGUACCUUGUACGCCUCGGCCAGCGUGCUGUGCAGAUUGAGGGCCAGCCCAUCAUCCUCACCGGUGCGCAGGCGCUCAACAACCUGCUGGGGCGCGAGGUGUACACGUCCAACCUUCAGCUCGGAGGCACCCAGAUCAUGUACCGCAACGGUGUCUCCCACUUAACUGCGACCGACGACUUUGCCGGCGUCUCCAAGAUCGUUGAAUGGAUGUCGUUCGUGCCCGAGAAGCGCAACGGACCACUUCCCAUCAGCCCAUCUGCCGACACUUGGGACCGUGACGUUGUCUACACGCCGCCGCAGAAGCAGCCUUACGACGUGAGGUGGAUGAUCGGCGGCAAGCAGGACGAGGAUGGUUUCCAGCCCGGUCUCUUUGACAAGGAUUCGUUCGUCGAGACCCUCGGUGGCUGGGCCCGCACUGUGGUGGUGGGCCGCGCCCGCCUGGGCGGUAUCCCCAUGGGCGUCAUUGCCGUCGAGACACGGACGGUCGAGAACAUCACCCCGGCCGACCCCGCCAAUCCCGACUCGAUUGAGCAGCUCACCAACGAGGCUGGCGGUGUGUGGUACCCCAACUCGGCCUUCAAGACGGCCCAGGCCAUCAACGACUUCAACAACGGCGAGCAGCUCCCGCUCAUGAUCCUGGCCAACUGGCGCGGCUUCUCGGGCGGCCAACGCGACAUGUACAACGAGGUUCUCAAGUACGGCUCCUUCAUCGUGGAUGCUCUUGUCAAGUUUGAGCAGCCCGUCUUCAUCUACAUCCCGCCAUUCGGCGAGCUCCGCGGUGGCUCUUGGGUCGUCGUGGACCCGACCAUCAACCCGACCGUCAUGGAGAUGUAUGCAGACGUGGAGUCUCGCGGCGGUGUCCUGGAGCCCGAGGGCAUCAUCGGCAUCAAGUACAAGAAGGACAAGCAGCUCGAGACGAUGGCCCGGCUCGACCCGCUGUACAAGAGCCUCAAGCAGUCGAUGGCCAGGGAGGGCCUGUCCAAGGAGGAGACGGACGCGAUCAAGAAGCAGAUGACGGAGCGCGAGCAGCACCUGCUGCCCGUCUACGCGCAGAUCAGCCUGCAGUUCGCCGACCUGCACGACCGCGCCGGGCGCAUGAAGGCCAAGGGCGUCAUCCGGCAGGUGCUCGAGUGGCGCGAGGCCCGCCGCUUCUUCUACUGGCGUGUGCGCCGGAGGAUCAACGAGGAGUACACGCUCAAGCGCAUGGCGGCCGCCGUCGAGAAGGCCGGCAUCCACAGCAAGGACUCGGCCCAGGCUCGCAGCCGCCACCUGCAGCUGCUCAAGGCGUGGACUGGCGUCCCCGACUUCGAGGUCAACGACCGCGAGGUGGCGCAGUGGUACGAACAGAACCACGCCCUCAUGCAGCAAAAGCUGGACGCGCUAAGCAAAGAGGCCGUCGCGGCGGAGGUGCAGGAACUGGUGCGCGUGGGCACCGGCAAAGACCAGGGCAUAGUGGACUCUGCUGCCUGGAAGGGUGUGCGCGAGGUGCUGCACAAGAUGCCGGUGGAGGACAGGGAGAAGAUCCUAGAAUACCUGAAGCAGGUGUGAUACCGAGAUGUGUUCGAACUAUGUCGGGGGUAACAUUAUUUCAACAACGGAGGAUGCGGGGGAGUUAUGUGAUGUGAAAUGGCUAUAGAGAUUUUUGGGACAGCGUUUCAUUCAGCGGGUAGUGUACACGGUUGCGUUUGGGUGCGGUCGGGCUUAUGCAGUGUCGUGCAGCACUGUUAGAAGUGUUCGUUAGUUAUGCAGCGAAUGAUUCGGUGUCUGACGUUGAGCCUUGCGUUGUUUGGCCGUGUUGUCUGUCAUAGGGGUCCGGGAGCG